AUGGCUGGAUUCCAUAUCCUUGGAGACCCAUACUAUCCCAACCACGGCAAUGUUGGAUGGCUUGGAGAAGAGCCAGAAGAUGAUCACCCAAUCCCUUUGGAUGAUCACGAAGCUGAAGGCUUUCCUGAUGAUUCUGACUCAGAACCUGAAGUCAACAACCUACCCCCAGCUGCUCAAGACCCAAACCCGAACCCUCGUCCAACAUUUCAAGGACCUACACCUCUAUGGGCCACAAACUUGAAUAGGUGGAGUCAGGAACAGGGUCAACCCAUGCCCUACAAUGGAGACAGAAGCUUCUACAACCUCACCGAGGGAGGUUCAGCUGACAGGGUCCUACCCAUCAUGGUUCGUAGGAUUUCUCGGAACACCGAGCAAGGUCGAGCAACUAUCGACCGAGUCGUGGAGAUUGACGCCAACUCUGGCGUUAACACAGUCCGCAUUCGCCAGCUAGAGUCUGCUCAUGAAAGGACUCAGGUCCGCAAUGCAGCUCUGCAGAGAGAACUUGCUGAAACCCAAGCUGAAGUCAGGGAACUUCAAGCUCAACAAGCAAGAUCUGAUAGGCGUAUGAGGGACAUAGAACGUCUUCUGUCGGAGUCAAGAACUAACUCUAGUAGUUCUCGUCGCCGAUAG